AUGUUUGACACGAAUGCGGACAGCCACACCCCAAGCAAGAAUCGCGUCAAGCACCGGCCAAAGAAAGCGCCAACUCUUGGCGAUACCGAGUACACUGAUGAAGACCGACGCGAUGCAAAGACGGGUGUCUGCAGACGCCCCAAAGUGCUGAAACACCGGAAUACUGAGGAUGAAGAUACGUGCAGACGGUACAGGAAGGAGGAGGUAGAACACCUGCCGCUUGGUCCUGAUACGCUGCAGCGCAUGCAGCGACUGCACGAAGGUCAGCAGUAUGAUCGACCCCCGAGACUGUUUCCUGACAUUGAGAGUGUCAAGAGUUUAUCGCAGCAAGAGGUGCAGCUCGAUGUCAAGCACAUUCAGCACCAACUUGCGAGGUUUGAAGCUCGGGCAGGAAUUCAGCUGCAUGCCAAGCGUCCAACUGUUGGGGACAAGAACUUUCGACGUCUUUGUCUGGUCAAUGAAGGUGACAAUGAGGACAAAGCGACGGCACGGUUGCCGACAGGACUGAAAAAUGCACGCAAUGGGGCCAUGGCUCCGGAGGAACUUGUCAAGACGUUGCCGGCGGCUCGACGUGCGGUGCGUAUUUCGCAACGGGAACUCCGCGCCAUGGCAAUUGAGCGCGAAGAUCUCGAGCGAGAUUUUGUCCGACAUCGAUGUACUUUGUUGUGGCAAGUUGGCGAGAUGAAGCGCAUGCAGAAGCAACAGGACCGUGUCACGCGCGCACUAAGUUGCGAAGUAGUGAAUACGGCAAAGAGUUUGGAGUCAAGUCGACGACGCACUAGUGCACUUCAGGACAUUAUGACGGAGCUUGAAGUGCGGGGUAGUAGUAUUUUGCGUCUCACUCGUGAAAAGAGCAGACUUGAAGCAAUGUUGAACGCACGGAAGAUCGAACUGCCUGAGAUUGACGAGGUCUGUGUCGGCGACCGUGUGAAACAUGCCUCGUUUGGGACUGGUCGUGUGCUCGAACUGCGCUUGGACACACGACUGCUCGUAGCAGAGCUGGAUUCAGAUGGCAUUGCAUACAUUCAGGAAGAGAGUGUGGAGGUCUUGCCUUCCGACAUGACAUAUACGGAGACCGAAGAAGAGCUAAAACGGCGUUUGUUCGAGAAAGUUGGAGCACUUGUUCAACCUUUGAGUAAACAGCGUGUGUCCAACGGAGUGAUUGGGUUUUCACAGGGCGAUAGCGAGAAGGAGAGUUCAGGUGACAGUAAUGACGAGUCUUCGUCGUCGUCGUCAGAAGAAGAAUCGGGUGCCUCACCUGGCGACGAUUUCAUGGAAGAUGUCAGUCGUCGAAAAGGUAGGAAGCGGCGACUCGUCAUGAUUCCCGCGCCGGUAAAAAGCAGCAAGAAGUCGAAAAAUCGUCGCGUGAUCGAUUUUCCAGCGUGUACAAUUCCGAUUACGCCGUUCGAGACGGGACUUUUGCUAAGCCCAUUGAGCGAAUUGCCUGAUCAUGUUGCUGCUGUUGGACCCGGUGCACUUCAGUGGCUUCCGUCGUACCUACCUAAAAACAUGGACGACUGGGAGCAAGAGCGAUUAGUGUCGCUUCAGAUGAAGGGUGAGAUCAAACGGCUGAGAUACCAGCUACAAAAAGCAGAAGCUCAUAAGCAAGAUGCACAGCAGCUUGCGAGUGAUCAGCUCGAGUCAAUAAACCAGCUUGUGUCACAGUUGGACAAGUUGAGAGAUGUACCUGAUGGGGCGGGGAAUCCUUGUUCAUCCUGCGGUAACCACACGGCACCGAAAGAUUCUGAUGAUAGUAGGGGCACCAGCAACCGAUGGAAGGACAUUGCUGCAAAACAAGACGAUAGUGAUGAGAGUGUCUCCGAGACCAAGAAGACCUGCAAGAGUGUUGAAGCUGACGAUAAAGAUGAUCGUGUAAAUAGCGAUGCAAGGCGGAUACCGAAGAAAAGACACAACAAGGCCAAUAAACCUGUGAACGAGGAUGGUAAUGACUCCAUCGAUGUCAUGAAGGUUAAGACGAAAGCAAAAUCCCAACCAGUCAAGCGCUCCCUUCGGCCGCGAAGAAAAGCUGCUACAGCUUCUCCUAAACUUAAAUAG